CGAGUAUAAAUAGGUGGAGGUUGAAGAAGGUUUCUAGUUCUGUGCUUGAUUGCAAAGUGCAACGAUGAAAUUUCUUGUGGUAAUCUCCGCCGUGAUGGCGGCGGCGUACGCCCGCCCCGAAGCCGGUUACAGCUACAGCGCCCCCAGUGCCCCCAGCAGCAGCUACGGGGCCCCCGCCCCCCAAUACGGCGCCCCCGCCCAACAACCAGUAGUCCACAAACACGUCUACGUCCACGUCCCGCCCCCGGAACCGGAAGUGCACGCCCCACAAAGACCCAUCCAAGUGGCAGCCCCCCAGAAACACUACAAAAUCAUCUUCAUCAAAGCCCCAACUCCUCCAACCCCCACCGCCCCCGUUAUCCCAGUCCAACCCCAGAAUGAAGAAAAGACCUUGGUUUACGUUUUGGUCAAGAAACCGGAAGAAGCACCGGAAAUUCAUAUCCCGACUCCGGCACCCACGCAACCGAGCAAACCGGAAGUUUACUUCAUCAGAUACAAGACUCAGAAACAGGAAAGUGGAGGGUACCCCCCUAGUGGAGUUCCUGAGUCGCAAUACGGUGCCCCCUCUAUUCCUAGCGCUCCCUCGAGCGAAUACGGAGCCCCAUCUGGUGGGUCUGGUGGAUAUUAAAGUCAGGGGAAUUACUACGAUGCCAGUUAAUUUGAUGCUCUUUUGGAUACUAGUUAAUGUGAUUAAUAACAAGCAUUAUUUUGUAUAAGAAGGGUGCAAAUGUAUUUUUUUGUUGUAUUUUUUUAGAUACAUUGUUGCAGUCUGUGUGUUGUACAUAGUUUUUUUAAAUGUAACUUAUGAGAAAGCUUUAUACGUUAAGUUUUAUACUUAAAAUAAGUUAAUUUUGUAUUUUUAUAACAAAAUAUAAGUUCAAACAUU